AUGCGCGCAGUGGGUGCGAGAAGAGGGUCUCUUUUCCCGUAUUUUUUGUUCCCCACAAAUUAUUACGCAGACUAUUCGUGCGAUUGGAUGGGGGGGCCGGUGCUCUCUCAGGUGGCAGCGCAUUUGUCUCCGUACACCAUGAAGGUGGGGUCGGAGCAGCUCGAGAAAUGGCUAGAGAAGGAGUCGGCCUGUUCGCCGAGAGUGUCGCAAAUUUCUGCGGCGUGUGUUGCAGGUUCUCCUAUGCACGGACGAGGCGCGUCACGAUGGAAGGAUGCUGGCGAAGUGAUGGUUGUUGGCCGUGCGUGA